UGGCCAUAAAACCACCCCGCUCUCCCUCUGUCAAAAUGGAUCAGCAGCUUCCCACUGAACAUCGCUCCUGCUCAUUGUCCCACCGUCGCCACAUACAGAAGUCCUCAGGCAACCUCCACCAACUCUACUACCUCUACCACCACCACACAAACUCUCAGACAUGGCUCCUCUCAGACCCGGCAUCUAUGCCCCUACCAUGACCUUCUUCGACCCCGUCACAGAAGACCUCGACAUUCCCUCCAUCCAGAAACAUGCCGUCCGCCUCGCCCAGGCUGGUCUCGCCGGUCUCGUCACCAUGGGUUCCAACGGUGAGGCAGUACAUCUGUCACGAGCGGAGAAACGGGAAGUGACUCGCGUCACUCGCGAUGCUCUCGAUGCCGCAGGCUUCAAGGACGUCUCGGUCAUGGUCGGCUGCAGCGAGCAAUCGGUACGCGGCACCAUCGAGCUGUGCAAGGAGGCCUUCGAGUCGGGAGGUGACAGCACCCUCCUUAUCCCUCCCAGUUACUACCGCUACGCCAUGACCGAAGAGGCCAUCUACGACUACUUCACCGCCGUGGCCGACGCCUCGCCCAUCCCCAUCAUUCUCUACAACUACCCCGGCGCCGUCGCCGGCAUCGACAUGGACUCGGACCUCCUCUUGAAGCUCUCGAACCACCCCAACAUCGUCGGCACCAAAUUCACCUGCGGCAACACCGGCAAGCUCGCACGAGUCGCCCUGGAGAAGGACGCCGUGACCGCGACCUCAGCCGGCUCAGGCUACAUGGCCUUUGCUGGAAUGGCCGACUUCCUCCUGCAGGGCCUCCUCGUCGGCGGCAGCGGUGUGAUCGCCGGCGGCGCCAACGUCGCCCCCAAGGCGUGCGUCCUCGUCUACAACCUGUUCGCGCAGGGAAAGAUCGAGGAGGCAAAGCAGGCGCAGAUCCGCCUGUCAAAGGGCGACUGGAUCCUCACCAAGGCUGCCAUCCCAGGAACAAAGAGCGCCCUGCAGAGCUACUUUGGCUACGGCGGAUACCCGAGACAGCCGCUGCGUAAGCUGUCCGAUGAACAGACUGUCGCUGUCAAGGAGGGUAUCAAGGACUUGAUGGAUUGGGAGGCUAGCUUGUAGGCCGCGCGCAGGGACGACGGGGUUUUUUGUUUUCUCUUUGUAUAUA